CAUUCGAUAUAUAUUGAUAUGCAACCGCCUGUGUAGAGAUAUAUAUACACAAUGGCGACAAAUACACUCUCCAGGUCAUUCAUAAGGUCGAUCUUACGGUCACGGCCCGGCCGCGGCGUUUCCUUGGGUGGCUGUGGCCCCGUCUGUGUCUCUGGCAUGCAUAGCCAAGCAGCACAGAUCCCAGUCCUUACCUCGUCGACCUCACGCCAUAGACCAACUCUGGAUCCGCGACAUCAACCCGCGAGGCGGGCGCCACAGAUAAAUGGGGCCACGGGAAACCGGACGAUCUUUAUUCAGACCGAAACCACUCCGAAUGCUGAUGCACUAAAAUUUAACCCCAAUCACCCCGUCCUCCCUGAAAACUUCCCGACCUCAUUCGUAGAAUACCUCUCGCCACGCUCGACCCUCACACCCCCUUACCCGUCUCCGUUGGCCGCCAAGCUCCUCAAUGUCGAUGGCGUCUCCGCUGUCUUCUAUGGCCCGGAUUUCAUCACCAUCACCAAAGCCGGCGACGCGAAUUGGGCGCAUAUCAAACCUGAGGUCUUCAGCCUAAUCACCGAAGCAGUAACUACGGGCGAGCCGAUCAUCAAUGUCGCGGAGGCUGGGGCUGGAGCUGGCCCUGCUGAAGAAGAUUCACUGAGCUAUAAUGAGGACGACGAUGAGGUUGUCGGUAUGAUUAAGGAGCUGCUGGAGACGAGGAUCCGCCCUGCGAUCCAGGAGGAUGGAGGCGAUAUCGAGUUCCGUGGCUUUGAGGAUGGGAUUGUGUCUUUGAAGCUGCGUGGUGCGUGUCGGACGUGUGAUUCGAGUACAGUGACGUUGAAGAAUGGGAUUGAGUCUAUGUUGAUGCAUUAUAUCGAGGAAGUUAAAGGGGUCAACCAUGUCCUGGAUCAGGAAGAAGAGGUUGGUUUGCAUGAAUUUGCGAAAUUCGAGGAGAAAUUACGGCAACAGAAAGGUCCCCAAGCGACUGCAUCGAGCAGCCUCGACGCGGCUGAGUAACCGGAAUAUCUUUUCCGUUCUCUCGCCUGACGCAUACUCAGUGGACGGCUUAUCUAAAAUGAAAAGGUUUUUGUCUAUUAUAUUUUCUCACUAUCCCCCUCUCCGCUACUCCUUCGGGGUCUUGUUUUCUGUUUCCACAUACCCUGGCAUAUCCGUAUGGCAUAUUCAUACACCGAAACACCUGCCGCCUCAGGUUUGCAUGUCUUUUAUCUAAACAUGGUUUUUGCUCAAUGAUAUUCACUUUUGCCGUUUGUGUACAAUAAAUGAAGCUGCGUCACGGCGGAUAGGAAGAGAUUGUCUUGUCGAUAUUUAUGAAUAACUUGUCUUUUCUUCAUGUCACUCAUAUUAUCGCUAUUCCCCCCACUUUCGCAGCCUCCUGGUGAUACUGAUUAAGAAAACUAUUGAUUGAUUGUAUUCGUGUUAUUGGGAUACACCAUACGCCUACCGAGUCAAAACAAGGCCCACACAG